AGAAAGAUUCAGACUUUGACUCUGACGUGGCGUACGAAUAAGAAAGUGAAGGAGUGCAGGACUCCGCUCGCCGAAAGUGAAAGAGAGCAAAAAUUCAAAACUCCCGCCUUCCCCACUCUCCUCCCGCCCUCAGCUGAAAACCAAACACCAACAAAUUUGGGCGAGCGCGGCGCCAAUCCAAUCCGCGGAUCGGAUCGCUCGCCGGAGAAUGCCUGGCCGGGUUCCGGGAGGAGACGAGCGAGCGAGAUGCCGAUCGAGAUGCCGCGGGGGUUGCCGUUCGCGGUGGACACGUGGACGCCCGCGUCGUCGCUGAAGCGCCACCGCUUCCUCACCCACGCCCACCGCGACCACCUCGCCGGCAUCGUCGCCACCUCCGCCGUCUCCGCCUCCUCCUCCUCCCCGGUCUACGCCUCCCGCCUCACCAUCCUCAUCGCCCUCCGCAUCUUCCCCCAGCUCGACCGCGCCGCGUUCGUCGAGCUGGACGUCGGCCACCCGCCGCUGCGCGUCCCCGACCCCGACGGCGACUUCACCGUCACCGCGCUCGAAGCCAACCACUGCCCAGGCGCCGUGAUGUUCCUGUUCGAGGGCCCCUUCGGCGCUGUCCUGCACACGGGCGACUGCCGCCUGACGCCGGACCGCCUCACCGCCCUGACGCCGCCCCACCUCGCGCGCCGCAUCGACUACCUCUUCCUCGACUGCACCUUCGCGCGGUGCGCCCUGCGGUUCCCCACCAAGGAGGACUCCAUCCGCCAGGUGAUCAACUGCGUCUGGAAGCACCCGAGCGCGCCGGUGGUGUACCUCGUCUGCGACAUGCUGGGGCAGGAGGACGUCCUCAUCGGGGUGUCCAAGGCGUUCGGGUCCAAGAUCUACGUCGACAGGGAGAGGAACUCCGACUGCCACCAGACGCUGACGCACGUCGAGCCGGAGAUCCUCGCGGCCGACGACGCCGCGGCCUCCACCCGCUUCCACGUCAUCCCGUUCCCACGGCUGUCGGAGCGGGCCACGGAGAUCCUCGCGCUGGCGCGCGCCGCGCACCAGCCGGAGCCCCUCAUCAUCAGGCCCUCCUCGCAGUGGUACGUGUACUACGACCCACCGCCACCGGAGGAGUCGGCGUCGACGCAGCAGCAGCAGCAGAAACCGGUGCUGACGGAGGCGAUGCGCGACGAGUUCGGGGUCUGGCACGUCUGUUUGUCGAUGCACUCGUCCCGGGACGAGCUGGUGCAGGCGCUGGGGAUCCUCAAGCCCAAAUGGGUCGUCUCCACCACGCCGCCGUGCAUGGCGGUGGACCUCAGCUAUGUCAGGAAGCACUGCUCCCUGUCCCGGUUUGGCCCUGAUGAUCCCCUCUGGAUGUUGCUCGGGAUACCUGAUGGAAUGUCUACUGUCACCGGCUCGCCGCAGGCAGUGCUGCUGACAGCACAAGCUGUCGAGAAGAGCGACCAAUUGUUCAGUUCUUGCGUUCAUGAGUGUGCCUCUGAUGAUGACAGCCAGGUAGUAGAGGAGGUUGCAGAAGCAGCAGUGAUUGAUUUUGAGAUCAGAGUUGAGCCGCCUGUCACGCUUUUCGGAAGUGCAAGGUUCGGAUUACCGCAACAUGAACCUGAACUGUGGAACUACGAGUAUGAGAGUGUUGAGAUCAUUGGUGAUGUUGAGCUUGAAGUCAAUGAUUGUGCCGCUGAACCUGGGUUUUGUAGCAAUAACAAGCCUAUUGAAGUAGUUGAGUUAACUGAAGCUGCAACAAAGGAGCAGAAUUCAGUUUCUGAAUCUGGGUUUUGUAGCAAUAGCAAGCCUGUUGAAGUAGUUGGGUUAACUGAAACUGCAACAAAGGAGCAGAGUUCAGUCUAUGAAUCUGAGUUGUUGAAGGACAGCAAAUCUGAUGAUCGAGUAGAAGUAGUUGAUUUAACUGAACAUGGAAGGAAAUAUCUGAAUUUGAGGGCAGAGAGUGAACAGAGUAAUAAAGAUGACAAAGGGAAUGGAGAGUCUGAAUCGGGGGCUCAAGAACAGAAUCUGAAUGUUCAUGCUCGUUUGAUGGAAGUUUGCAGGCAUAAGGUGACUGGCAAAGGUAAAGACAGAAUGGAAGUGACUAAAUCGAUCUCAGCUGUGCAUGUUACAGUUUCAGCUACCGAGGAGGACACCAUUAUUACAUCAUCAGGAGUUGAGAAGAACUCUGAUAGGUAUUCUGAAAGGGCGAGCGAUUCUUCAACCGUUGUCGGAUCAUCAAAGGGCCUUAAUGCGAACCUGAGGAGGCUGUACAGGUCGAUGAACUUGCCAGUUCCGCAGCCCCUGCCAUCUCUUGUUGGGCUCAUGGCGGCUUCCAAGCGACCCAGAGUUUCUCAGACUGUGCAGCUGUAG